AUGAGUAGUCUGCGGUCAAUACUGAGUGGCGGUCGCGUGAGAAAGUCAAAGCCAAAACCCAAAGUGACAGUGUCGGCGUCGCCACGGAAGAACAGCGGGACCAGCUCCUCCCGGACCGGAGGCAGCAGCGUCACCGCCAUCAGAAAGAAGCCCGUACGGGCGGACGCCGGUUUCGACGACGACGACGGCGGCGAUGAUUUCUUCCACGACAGGCUCGAUGACGUCGGCCUGGUUGCGGCGUUGGCGACCGACAUGUCGCUGCGCGACGUUGUGCAGGCCAUCAAGCACACCCGCAACCGCAUGUUCGGACCCGUACCGACAGAGGCAGCUGGCAUGAAGUCCACGCGUAUUGCCGAAGUGCUCAGCUUCCGCAAAGCCGUGCCGGGCAUCGUGACGGUAUCGCACCUGCAUGCGCUGCUGGCCUCCCCAACCGCUGUUGAGCGCGAGGUCGCAGAGUUGCAGCGAUGCGGAGCUAUUCGCAAGAUCUACGUACAACGCCGAGGCGGGCUAGGCGAGGCCCUGAUCGAGACGCCUGAGCUGGAGGAGAUGAUAGCGCAGUCCGCGGGACUGGACGAGGAGGCCAAGAUGGCCUUCACCAAGUUCCUCAGAGAGAACCCCCUGGCCCAGACCAUGCCGCGGUCUGCCUGCGGCCACAAGCAGGCCGAUGCCCUAGUGCGCGCAGGGUUCUUGACGGCCAACGUGCACCCCCAGCAUGUAAACACGCCGCUGAUGAAUCUACAUCUGCGCCCGGAGGAUCGAGGCAGCUUGAUGAGCAUCGAGGCGGUGUCCCGCGCAGCCUCCGGCAGUUUCGAAGCCGUAGGCGGCCAGGGGGCAGUACAUGCCGCCGGUGGUGGGGGUGGAGGAGGAGGGGCGCUGCGGCGAUCCCGUGCCGACGACGUCUCAUGCUCGGGGGAUGAGUUCACCAUCGCGGUGCCCGGGAACGGGUCCUUUUUGAAGCUGGCCACCGCCGCUGUGGAACAUGUCACGCAGCUGUUGUCCAAGUCGCAAUAUAGGGAGAUGCCCGUGUCCAUGCUAAGAGAGCGAUGGGAGGGUGGGGUAGCUCGUGACGAGGCGCGUCUCGCAAAGAGGGCCCGAGGGGAGUUCGCCGGCGUGCUACCGGGUCGGACGAAAAGGUGGAGGGAGUUCUAUGGCUUGGAGUUCCACUGGGUAUUGGAGGAGGCAGUGGGUGCCGGCCACGUCGAAGUCUUUGAGACGCGGAGCGUUGGCAGGGGAGUUCGUUUACUGUAA